AUGCAGCACUGCGAUGGCAUUGGCUGCAUGUACCAAUUUCAAGUGCUGAACCUUGCCGGCAUUCGCUUCCAUGCCGGCGCUCUAGAAGAACGUCGAGCCUUACAAGAAUUCAGUGAUGUCAGGAAGACGCAGACACAGCAGAUCCAGAAAGUCUCCAUCAGGGUGACAUCAGCACAGCACGAGGAAGAGAAAAAGGCGAUCAGCAACAAUGGCGAGGAAGAUGAGGCAAACGAGCUCAGCGAGGCCGAGGUUGGAGGCAGGGUUCUAGUAGCCGAUGAACAGCUCGCCCUUCAUACCUCGUCCGAUCGUAGGGACACGGGGAAGGUCCCCACAGAUGGCAAGCUCGACGAGGAGCUAGUGAGGAAGGUGCGACAGGAUACGCUCGAAGCAAAACGCGAACAAGAGGAUCCGUGGGCGAAGUGUGCGAAGGAAGUCUGGGAGCUGGAGAAGUCUCUUGUGGAGAAAUGGAAGGACGACAUCAAUUAUCUGUUGCUCUUCCAACGAGAUUAUGGCUCGUUGCUGUUCAGCCGACUCCAAAUAUCAGGUCUAUUCUCCACCGUCCUCACAGGGUUCAUCGUUCCUUUCUAUGUCACCCUCGCCGCCACUCAGGCACUCAUCUCCAUGUCUGGCCAUCUCAGCGUUGUCGCAGCAGAUGCCGGACACGCCACCAUUGCAAACUGGUUAAUAUCAAUUUCCGCCGACUCUCAGUCCUUUUCUGGACCGUCGUCCACGACUAUUGUUGUAGCCACAUUGUGGUUUACUGCGCUGAUUCUCAGUCUCGGUGCGGCAUCCAUCGCCAUCACGGUCAGCCAAUGGCUGCACCACCACAUCAACGGCGCAUCGAAAGCAUCGCGUCAGAGCGUCCGGGUGUGGUACUUCCGCCGCCGUGGCGUCGCUCGUUGGAAGGUCGAGCUCGCUAUCGCUGUGCUCCCGGUCCUGUUGCAGAUCGCCCUUAUCCUGUUCCUCGUCGGCUUGGUGAUUCUGUUAUGGACACUCAACUCUGUCGUUGCGAAGACAGUCACUGCUCUCGUCGUGACCCUUCUGUUGCCGACCAUCUUCACGGUUGUCAUUCCGGCGUUGUCACCCGAUUGUCCCUACAAGUCGGCGCCCGCGUGGUGGUUCUUCAAAGCAUGGCGAUGCGUCCUCUGGUGCCUGGAGAAGUUGCUCAUAAGUCUCUACGACGGCUAUCACGAGCCUGUCAUUGAGAUCCUAGUUCGCUUAGUCUGGAAUGUUUGCUGCCGAGCAGAGACGUGGAGAAUAUACCGGGAUCUACCUCCUUUGAGCGAUUGGCGAGAGCUAGACAACUUCUGUAUGCAGACGCUGAAGGAUGAUAGCAAAACCAAGCUGCAGAUGCUCGUCGAGGCCGACUCACGUGUCAUGGACGAAACAUUCCUCAGCACCGUCGUCCGACCCUGUCUGCAGGAAGCUGAUAUCAAGGAAGCGCUUCCCGCGUUCUACAAGAUCCUGCAUCACCGAGCGCAUGACCAUGACCAGGACAAAGAGCAUUCGCCAAGAUGGUGGCAUUCGGAGCAGGAUCAUCAAGCUGUGAGCAUGCUAGGGCACAUGUCCUUGGACAUGCUCGACAAGGUCGCAUCCAGCAAUAUAGGCAGCGAAGAUCGCAAGGAGAUAGGGCACAUAUUGAAACUUGUUGAUAGUCUUCUGGAUGCCAUGCCGAGGACGAUGCCCGCGGUCCACAGCAGACUCAUGGACAUGUGGGCAGCAACUAACCUCUCUAAUAAAGAGCACGUCCACAUUGCGCUGCCCCUCGUGUGGUACUAUUCGCAAUUUAAUGCUGACCACAUUGACACAAAUACUGUUCACAAAAUGAUACCACUCCUUCCAAUCGCUGGAAGGGAGCUAUCCAUGACACAGUUCUUGCGAUACGCAUCAAUCGCGUUCGCGCAUGCUGCGGAUCUCCCCCCAUCUGACUUUGCUCAAAUCCGCGAGGUCAUUCAAGGCGCGUUGUCCGCCGUAGCAGGAUACUUCAGCUCGUCCGACAUGGAGUUGCUGGCCCAGGAGAUCAGUAAGGCCAGAGCAUGGACAUAUGUUGAUGACGUCUUCCGAGCAUGUGUGCGCCUUGCUGAGUAUGACGCCAGCCUCUUCACGAAAGAUAUUGUCGAUGCAUUGGCAGGAUGUGCUGCACGGUGUCCCCUGAUUGAUCCCUGUCCUCCGACAACGAACGGAGCUCAAGACACUCAGCCCAGCACCGGCAUUCCUGAUCCUGAUAUUGGUAACGGUGGAGAGGCGUAA